AUAUGGCUGAAUGGUUAACUGGAUGACCUUGAAUGACCAACAGUAAAUAAGUUUUGAAGCUAAAACUGGCUUAAGAUAAUGCAGCCAUGUUCCGGGUGAAGUUACAAUAAAGGUUUCCUUUAAUCUAAGCACAGCUUGCUUUGCAGUCUGUUUCUGACUACCUAAGAGAAGUAAAAAUGUGUUAAGCACGACAAAUAAAUGGAUUGGCUGCAGUGAACACACACGCGCACAGUGAGAGCCCUGUUGAGUGUCGCAUUUAUUCAGUAACCCAGUGCUCGUGUGAAUUACGCACGAGAGCGCAGCAGUGGACGCAGAGGUUCAGUGCGUAACGAAGACACCGGCAACCCCCAGUCAACGAGGACGAUUGUUUUUUUUUUAUUUAAACAAAGUAUCUUAUUCGUUCAUGCCGGUUUAUGGUUUAUAUAUUCCCUCACCUCACUUAUUCAUGGGAACGUAUGCCGAUAGGACAGAUUUUUGCGCGCAUUGAGUUUUGAUUUCAGCGCGUGAUCAAAAACUUAAUUUUUCCAUCAAUUUGUGCUGGAGAGUAUCCGUGUAACAUUUUUUAUCCGGUCAUCUGAUUUUUAAAAGAAAAUAUAAAAGGAGACAUGGAAGUUUGCAAAGGACGUUUGUUGGGCAUCUCGGUGGCCGUGGCGCAUGGAUUUUUUUCGGGAUCGCUAAAUAUUCUAUUGAAAUUUCUGAUCACGACCUAUAGCUUCACAUAUCUCACUUUAAUUCAGUUUCUCACCAGCAGCACUGCGGCUAUAACGUUGGAGGUGCUGAGGAGACUGGGCAAGAUAGAUAUACCACCCUUCAGCUUCCACUUAGUGAAAGUUUUUGCGAGUGUUUGUAUUUUGGCAACGCUGCAGUCCACAUUAACCCUCUGGUCACUCAGAGGAUUGAGUUUACCUAUGUAUGUGGUAUUUAAACGAUGUUUACCUUUAGUAACGUUGGGAAUUGGAGUGUGUGUCCUGAAGAAUGGCAUCCCAUCACCUGGGGUUAUAACAGCAGUUAUCAUCACAACUGGAGGAGCAGCAUUAGCUGGAGCUGGAGAUUUAACAGGUGACCCUUUCGGCUACGUGACGGGCGUUUUAGCUGUAAUUGUUCAUGCCUCCUACUUGGUCCUCAUCCAAAAAGCAAGUGGAGAUAGUGACUAUGGUCCUCUCACCGCCCAGUAUACCAUUGCAGUGGUGGCUUCGCCUAUCCUGUUUAUCUGCUCCCUUGUAAGCAUGGACGCCAUUGAUAUGUGGACGUAUGAAGGUUGGAAGAAUCCACACAUUACGGGCAUCUUCUGUUCUUGCAUUCUCAUUGGUUGUGCCAUGAACUUCACCACACUGCACUGUACCUACAUCAACUCUGCUGUGACCACCAGCUUUGUAGGGGUGGUAAAGAGCAUAGCCACAAUCACGGUGGGCAUGCUGGCCUUCAGCGAUGUCACACCGACUAACCUGUUUGUGGCAGGUGUGGUGGUUAACACGGUUGGCUCCAUCACGUACUGCGUGGUGAAAUAUUAUGAGACCCAAAAGAAGCUAGCUUACAAAGAUAUGGACGAGUCGGCCAAGGAUGAAGAAGUGGCGGGAGAACCGUAUGUGGAACCAACCAAGCCUGACGGAGAUAUGGAAAUUCUUCCCAACAAUCUGGAGAAUAUUCCCAAUGGCAGCUUAAUGGCACCGGGUGAGGGUGACCAGGGUCCUAUUCGUGAGAAUAAAGUCGCAGAGUCCAUAGAGUUAGAAAGACCAGCGGUGCCAUCAGACAGCGAGCCUACGAGACAAUCUUUUAGUGAUGGUUACGUAGGUGUCUUGAGAUCUGUUCGUACCUUGAAGUUCUUAAAAAAAGACACUUUACUUGACAAUAUGGAAGUUCAGAGUCCUUGAUGAUUGUUUUUUUGCUCGUCAGCAGUGCAUGUUAAGUAUAAGUAUUGUUAGAAACAGAUGACGUGAACAAUGAUUGCCUUUUUCUCUCCCAAACGUGGUUUUAUGAAAAACAUUUAUUUUUUUAAAAAGGUCUGUUUGUACAUUUGAGGGAUUAUAACUUUGAAUGAAAUGCAUACUGUAUAACACUAAAUAUGAAUUUGUGAAAUCCCCAGAAAAAAGAUAUUGUUAUUUAUUUAAUUAUAUUAUAAUGGAUUGUUUAAUUUAAUUAAUCUUGCUCACCCAAUGUAAAAAAAUUAUUUCAAAAUAAUUCAGUUUGAAAAAACUAAUUCAAUAACAAGGCAACCUUAUAUGAAUUCAAUUGUUUUUGAUUUUGAAUGACCCUUUGUUUCCAUGCACGCAAUCUAUGUGCCCGUAUAUUUUGUGUUUUGUCCAAGAAUGCAGUUCUUGAAAUGAAGGCAUUAAAUUUUCCCAUUAACA